UUUCGCGGAGACUCGGUGUCCCCGCUGCGACCAGCACCCCGGAGCCCACGUCCGUCCGGCGACCCCCAGCCCAGCCCCCGAACUUGCAUACACUCCCUGCGGCCCCGCCCCUCGGGGACCCCCCGGGGGCCCUUGGACUCCCCCCAACUCCCCUGCCCCUUAAAACCACUUGGAUCCCUCACCUGCUCCCCGGGCCCGCAGGAGCCCCGCCAUGGCCCGCUCGUACGGCGGCCGGGUGCUGGCCGCGGUGACUCUGCUGGGCAUCGCGGCGGCCGUGCUGGCGGCGCUGAGCGCGCAGCUGCUGUUCCAGCUCCAGGCGGGCCGCGCGGAGCUGCGGGGGCUGCGCGCCGACGGGCUGGGCCGGGAGCUGGGCGCCGGCCCCGGGCUGCCCGAGGACGCGGCCGGGGCGCUGCUGCCUCUGGCCGCCGCGCUGGCCGCGCUGGUGCUCGUGCUGGCGUUCACCUGCCUGCUGCUCGCCGCGCUCUGUGGCCACCUGGGCGCCGAGCUGGCGCGGGGGCCUGGCCCCAGGAGGUCUGACUGGUUUCUCUACGACUGCCGCCUCCUCAGACACGUGGCCCUUGGCCUUUUCUGCUGCGGGGUCUCCGUCUACUUAGCAGCACUGUCCAUCUAUGCCUUGCUACUUUUCGAGAUCGAGACAGGCGCAGCAGCCGCUUCCAUCCUCAGCUCGGGCGCUCUGGUUCUGGUGGCCAUGCUGACCCACACUCUCCUCCGGGCCGCCCGGGCCACCCGCCGAGGGCUCCACGAGUUGUCCCCGCCAUCCUUUGAAGAUGACCUCACCCGCCCUGCCGAAGUCUCCAAGGCCAGCCCCAGAGCUCAGCCUCAGCAGGGUACCCAUCGUCGGACCCCCUAUUCAACCCAUCCAGAACCUGGGGAUCCCCUUGGGUCCAUGGCCACUGCCACAGCACCUGCAGCCCUGGGGGGAGGCUGGGAGAGUGGCCUGCCUGCACCCCGAAUGCACCGGACACUGUCGGCCGGACUGGGGCACUGGGACGGAGUCACCCACGAGAUGCAUCGAAUGCUGAGCCACAGGCUGGGGAGCAUGGGGAGCAAGGGGAAGGACUCCACACUGGUAUGAGCCCAGGGAUGAAGAAUAGAGACCUGGUGUAAGAAAAGGAUACCAUAGAGAUAGGUUAAGGUUCAGCUGCAGUAGCAGAAGGACUUGAUUUUUCUCUCAUCUCAUUGCAUCCUUGGCUUUUGUCCUCAAGGUUGCCUCCUGGCACAAAAUAGUUGCCAGAGCUCCAGCCUUCACCUCCUCCUUAUGAGGGAAAGCCAGAGGCCAGUGCUGGCUGGAGGUCUCCUGGAAGAAGUCUUCCCAGGAAGCCUUGAAACUUUUUUUUUUUUUCCUUUGAGACGGAGUUUUGCUCCUGUUGCCCAGGCUGGAGUGCAAUGGCGAGA